GACAGCGAAAGAGGAACUCCUCAUAAAAGGAGGACAACGCGAAGAAAGACGAAGAAGGACACUUCAGGUGAAAAAAGCGCAAAGAAGCUGACAGACGAAAAAACACAUAAGGAAGCAGAAGAGUUCCUUUCCAAACAAAGUCAACUUAUCAAAGAAGACUUAAAUAAGAAUACUGUUAGCCGAAUUCGCUAAAGCGAGAAAGCAAUUUGCARGAAACACUUUAUCAACACACUGUCUAAAGAAGCAAGUAGAAAGACGACCUUCCUCUUCUGAAAAGAAAGCUUGUCUUAAGAGAAAGAAAGCAAACUUAGAGUCUCUGUAGAGCAAGCAACUAAGAAGCGAAMGUAUAUUUCAAUUUAAGAAGCCUUUCCAACGCUUAGAAACUGUAAGAUAAGAGCUUCCAUAACUCUUACCAACUCGCAAGUGAACUGCCCAAGCAAAGUGGACAGCUUCUCAAAAACUUUCCCAGAAAACCAAGCUAACAACGAAAGAUUGAACUAWAAAACAGCUUCCAACAUGACAGAUAGCUACUAUUAUUACAGAUGCCCUUGCCCUUCCAACGAGUGCARCGGUCCGGCAUGUAGAUAUCCAACAGAGAUGAUUCCUCCAGUGGUUUCGAACUUCAACCUGCCAUCCUCGUCCUUCUUCCCACAAGAACGCAAACUUCUCAACUACGUCCCAAGACCAAAGAUAGAACCAAUGAACCAGCACAUGUCACAGCCACAUCGAUGGACACCGCCAUUUGGGAGCAUCCCUGAGCGUCAGGCUAUCAAAACGGAGCCUACACAAAGACCAAGUUCAGAUUUAGGCCGAGUUAAUUCCCCAGCGCAUGUGAACCGAACACCGACCACAACAGUCUCCACACCAACCCAACCACUAGCCAACAAGCCCCAGAACCGAACCAGACGAAUACGAACGGCAUUCACGCCAUUUCAGCUUCUCUGCCUAGAAACGUCGUUCGACAAGAACCACUACGUGGUCGGGGGAGAGAGGAAACAGCUUGCUUCAUAUCUAAAGCUUAGCGAAACUCAAGUUAAAGUGUGGUUCCAGAACAGACGGACCAAAUGGAAGAGGCAAUCUUUGGAGGGUCGAAUUGAUAUGAAUAAAGACCCUUUGACUCCUUGAAUGACUAUUAAGGACUGCGUGAGACUGUUGUGAUUUUGCAAAGCGUGACAUCAAAAGUAAUAUAUAGAGCACUGUUUUUAACUAGCAAGCACGUUCAAAAGAACUAUUCAAUUAAGACUAGAGUAAAAUUGCUGAAGAUUUGGCGCAACAUUAUGUGACAUUUAGUACAACAUACGAGAAAAAAAAUACAUUUUCUAUCACGCAACUCUGACUAUAGUUGAAAGACAUUUUCUGAGUUCUCAGUUUCCGUAGACUUAAAAGAGUGUACAUAAAGUGUAAAUAAACUUAAACAGCGAUUAAACCUAUUUAUUUCUAUUUUUAAAAUGUCCUAAUGA